GCGCCUGGGAUGCGCGUGGGCCGCGCGCACUGGUCCCCAGGCAGUUGGGAUUUGACUCGCGCCGCGCCGGCUCUGAUGCACCUGCGGGACCUGCAGCGCGCGCGCCCCCUCUCGCCAGUCGGGACUGUUGCGGGGGGCUGAGCUGCCGCCUCCCCUCCCCCUCCCCCCGGCGUGGCUGAGCGGGGCGCGCGGGUCCCCUGGCUGGCGCGCGGAGCCCGCCCCGCCAUGUGCCGCUCCCCGAGCCCGGCCGCUGGGGCGUGAGCCGCGCUGCAGUCUCCGAGCCUCCGCGGCGCCGGCAGGUCGUAAAUGUUGCAUGUAAACAAGUCAAUCCCAGCCUGGAGUCUAGUGCAGGCUUCCAAUUACGUGAUUUGCUCAAUAGAAAUGAGCUUGUUUGAUGGCUCCAGGAGAAGCUCAUGUCGGUGGAGGAAGAAUUCUCGCUGUGAAACUGCUGUGCUGGUGGCUAUUUAUUGUCACGGUGCUGUGAGCUAUACCACAUUUUUGCAAACUGAUUAAGAUAAUGCACUUAAAACAGAAAAUUCAAAGAGCAAAAAUGAGAAGAGGAUAGAAAACCAGUUCAGCAUCUUUUUCUCCUGUAGGAAACAUGCAAGGCUAAAAUAAGGGAAAACAGAAUGAAGGAAAUCAUGUCUAAUAACAACACAACCAAUAUAUCUCAAGCAAGAAAAGCUGUGGAGCAGUUAAAAAUGGAAGCAUACAUGGACAGGAUAAAGGUAUCCAAGGCUGCAGCUGAUUUAUUGGCAUACUGUGAUGCUCAUAUUGGAGAAGAUCCCCUUAUUAUACCAGUGCCUGCAUCUGAAAAUCCCUUCAGGGAGAAGAAAUUCUUUUGUACUAUCCUUUGAGUCAGUUUGUAAUUAAAAAUGUCCUUUGUGAAAAUCCAUUACUGAUGGUGCAUGCUUUUAGCAUUAGAUUUUCCCUGAGUUAUCAACAAUUAAACCCACAGUUACAAUAUUUUUAGAAGCACAAUAAAUUUUUAUGGUAAAUAAGUGGUUUACAUGCAGAUUUAGGAUAGCCUCACUUUCCUGCCAAUGCAUAAAUUUUAAUAAUUUCAGUUAUCAAUAAAAAUUGUUUUGGUUUUUAAUGAAAGAACCAAAUAUAAUAUUAAAUGGUAGAUAUCUUUGCCAGUCAUAGAUUUUUCUGAGACCAAAAUCAGUCAUACAUAUUCUUGAACCUAUUUUUAAUUUUCAUUUUCUUAGAAAGGUAAUUUAUUUUCUUUUGCCUUUACAAAUAUAUAUCUAACAAAAGCAGAAUGACCUCUCUUGAAGCAGAAUGCCAAUUACUGCUGAAAUGCUGCUUGGAACGGUCAGUCCUGUACAGUAAAUGGUAUUUAUAAAUGUGGAUGUUUAGUGAACACUGUAGCAAAUUUUACUUUAAAACUUGGUGGAAUUAAGCAACAUUGUGAUUCUGAAAUUUCCUUUACUGAAGAAAAUAAAGGAGCGCACAAGCUAGGGCUUGCUUUUUUCCUUUAGCUUAACUCUGCACCAAGAAGGCUUAUAGAAAUACAAAAAGCCAUUUAUCUCCCGUUCUAAAAUUGUAAUGAUAUAAACUUGUAGGAAGCUUUGAGUAAAUCCUUGUUCAUUCUUUCAGUUCAGCUGUGCUAUGGAGUACGUUAUGCUGCUGCUUUUGAACAGAAGUAGAGUAGGUCCUUAGCUAAUACUUGCUGCUGAUUGCAACAUAGACUUUAAAGCCUCAGACCUGCCCUGGGUGUAAGCCCUCAGUGAGACAUGUGUGAAAUAUAAAUACUUCAUUUAAAAUAGAUGCAUUUAGAAGAAGAUGAGGAUGAUGUACUGAGCAAGAGUGGUCUAUCUUUCACCUUAAUUAAAUGUUUACAUUUACAGUCUGUGCACCCACACUGAAAUAACCACUGCCGUAUUGCUUAUUUUUCAAUAUCUGAUCCUAUCUAUACAAUCCCUCCAGAACAAAAUGUCAAGGCAUUGGGAAUGGUAAACGCAGAUGUCUGUCACAGUGCCUUGAAGAAUGUGCCAGAAGACUUCUAUAGGUUUACAUGUUCUGUGCUGUCUUGACACUGGUUCAUUGCCUAAAAUGUUCUCAGUGUGUGAAAGCAUAAGGCUUCAGCCAAAUCCUGUUUCCACUGAAGUCAAUAGAAGUUUUGUCAUUGACUUAAUUAGGAGCUAGAUUUUUUUGCACUGAUUUUCACCUGUUUUUGUUGUGGUGGUAAUAAACACUGAUAAAUUCCAUGUUCUGUUUUAUUAAAUAAAAUAACAUCUGAAAAUGAAAGGCCCUAUAUAUCAGAUACCUUAUUAUAAGUGGAGCAAAAAUUGUUGUCUGAAAACUUAAAAAAAAAAUCAUUGUGUUUCUUCUUGCUUAAUAAGGUCUUUUAGGGAAUCCUUUCUACAUAGUAAAUGAUGUUGUAACUUUGAUAAGGCUGUUCUGAUCACCAUGGUAACAUGUUCACUUGUCCUUCCUCAAUGUAUACAGUUUUAAUAGAAUAGAGAGUGAGGGGAAUGUAGGCCACACAGCUGUAUUCUCAAAGGUUUUGUAUGAGUUUGCAUUUGUGGCUCAUUAACACAAUCUCAUCUAGCAUUUUAAUAUUGCAACAGCUUAUUUAGAAUUCUUGUUUUCUAUUUCAGAUUACUUCUAAUGUCUGCAAAUUAAAGAGCUACAUCAAAUACACUUGUGCAUCAGUGUUUAAAAAAAGCUGUGUUUACAAAAAUCAAGUCUGUUCAUUGGUAAACUUAUUUUGAAAUGAAAACAACUCAUUGUUUUGUGCAUGAUGGUCUGCACUCUGAAACACUGAUGGAAUUAGUCUUAAAUGUGUUUGUUCUUGUUUUCUAAUAACCCACUAGCAUGUUUAUAACAACUUUCAUCCUUUUGAACAAAGAUCAGUCCAAAACUCAGCUAAAUCAAGAUAAUUAAUUUUAUACCUACUGAGACUCUUAUGUGCUUACAGUAAAAAGGGGGUAAAUAUGUAAUCCAUAUUUGGUGUAUUGUAUGUAUAUAAUAUAUCUGAGGAGAAUAUA